AUGCUCGCUCCUCUCUCCCUGUUCUCCGUCAAUGCGGUCCUUAUAAUGUCGACGGACGACUCGUCCCGGAUAUUCGCAAAGUACUACUCUGCUCCACACCCUCCAGCUGGCAUAGCUGCCGACUCGACAGACUACCCUGGUGCGAACCCUUACCCGACAGUGAAGGACCAAAAGUCGUUUGAGAAGGGGUUGCUGGAGAAGACAAACAAGCAGUCAAGCGACAUAAUACUCUACGACAAUCGCGUGGUGGUUUUCAAGUCCGAAGGCGACGUCAUGAUCUAUGUUGUUGGAGGGGCCGAGGAAAAUGAAGUGUUGCUUUAUAACGUCGUUGUAUCGCUUCGGGAUUCAUUGAGUAUAUUGCUAGGGGGAUCUACGGAUAAACGCACCAUCAUCGAGAACUACGACCUUGUCUCCCUUGCAGUUGACGAGGUUAUCGACGACGGUAUCAUCCUGGAGACAGACCCUGUGCUCAUUGCCUCCCGCGUUAGCAAGGCACCCGCCCAGGAUGCGCCAAAUAUGAAGAACAUAGAUCUGUCUGAGCAGGGACUGCUCAAUGCAUGGGAGUUCGGAAAGCGGAGGCUUGCAGAGCAGCUACGACAGGGUCUAUAA